CUGGAUCAGACGCGCGCGCGUUUCUGUCAUGCCGCCCCCGCUUGAGGAUGGCUGCGCUCUCGCCAGCGUCUCUGCCCUCGCGGUGACGUUUUCCUCGCGCGGAUCAAAAUGUGUUUUGACACAUGGGGCGGGACAAAUCCCCAUUCUAUAAGCCUUCUCCUGAUUGGUCCGCGUACACAGGAAGUUGUGUCAGGAAGACCUUGACUGACAAGACGGCUGGAGCCGGGACAGUUGCGGUGGUUUUGGCAUUUUGGCAACGAUACUUUGCUUGAGGUAAGUGGAAUUCACAGCAGUUCUUCCCGAAAAGUACGGAUACUCCUCAGUAAACUAUGCCGUUUUCGAAUUAACAAUUCUACAAGGACAAAAAUCAAUUCGAUAACUUAGAAUUGCUUAGGAAUAUGUAGUUAGCACGAGUAAAAUAUGUCAAUAGCUAUAUGCUAGCGAUAGCUACUGCGGGGGUCAAAAUGGCCGAAGCUAACUGAUGUUCAUUUCAAAUCGUCAUUUCACUUAACUGUAAUACAUUUCAGGAUAACGUCCAGUGAUGAUACAAUUAAAGUGUGCUUCACUUGUUGAAUUUAAACAUGGUGGUGUUUUUCACGGCUUAAUUUGAUUUGUUAUAUCUCCGUGUGUGUGCGUAUUUAGUUUCCCCACUUGUUCGCCGAGUCCCAGUGACAUGGCAGAUAAAAAAGAGGUAAGCCAUUAGUAAAACUAUUCCUCGUGACGUUUGUAUGUUUAUCUUCUUUGGAUCUCUCCUCGUGUGUUUAUAUUUCUCAGGAGGAAUUGCGCAAAGCAGCCAUGAAUUUGGUUGCCAUGUUGAGAUCGUCGAUCAAUGAUCCAGCAGCAAACAGAGUUUCCCUGGGUUAUUUAAGGAGAAGCAGAGUUCCAGGGCUCUUACCUCUAAGAAAAGGCUUGGCUCAAAAAAACACCCUGUGCCUUUUUUUCUGCUUAAUUCGUCCUGCGAGAAAACUCCCAAAACAUCAGAGGAAAUGACCCUCCUGCAGGCUGGGCUGGGACGAAGGACAGUCUGCAUUGCCGAGGAUGCUGGUCAUAAGGAGAUUACAAAUGCUCUUUGCGAGGCUUAUCCAAAGAUGGUUGAAUUGGAGGGGGCCUGGAUGCUGUACAAAGCCAUUGGAGGAUCUGGUCAACGAAAGCUAAAUUUAUUGUCACCUGAGGAGGAGGGAUAUACAGGAGCCAGUCUUGUGCGGGCUUGGGCAGGCAAGACUUGUCUCUAUAUCAUGCCCAUCCAGCAUAUCCUGGAUACGUCCCCCUUGCCUUUCACAGCACCAGAGUUUCAGGCCAUGCCGAAAGCUCGCUGUCUGACGUGCAAGGAUUAUGUGCCACUGCAGCUCCUCAGCCUACAUGUAAAGACGUGCCUUUCGGAUUUUAAUGAUGAGACUAAACCUGAUGAAGAUGAUGAUAAUGAUGAUGUCAUCAGUGUACAUAGUGACAAUGCUGUGGCAUUUCCUGAUGUUCAGGCAUCCAUAGAGAAUGAGGUUUCUUGCCCAAUGUGCUGUGAACUGUUUACACAAGAUGACAUCUGUGCACAUGCAAGUGUUUGUGGAGAAAGCUUGCCAAAUGAGGAAUAUAUUGGUAUGAAGCACACCAGUAACCACUUCAGCAGCUUAUCAGCCAUUCUGGAGGCUUUACGAGUCAAAGUUGACACAACCCAAACCUUUAUCAUCAAUGUGACACGUAAGGAUCUGUUCCAAAGGGGACUGAAACAAUGGGCUAGGCAGAAGCAUGCCUCUCCAAAAAAUGAAAUCUCUGUCUCCUUCAUUGGAGAACAUGGAAUCGACCAAGGAGCGCUUCGUAAAGAGUUCUUCACAGAAAUGAUUCGUGGAAUAGAGAUGUCUUUAUUUGAUGGAGAUGGGGAAAGGGGAAAAACCCCAAAAUACAGCCUGUGUGAUUACCAAGAGAACCACUUCAAGACUUGCGGGGAGAUCUUUGCAGCAAGUAUCGUGCAGGGGGGGCCUGCACCAAACUUUAUCUCCAGGUGGUGCUAUCAAUACCUCUGCCAUGGAGAAUUCAACAAAGACGCUAUCCCAGAUGAAGUGACAGAUUCAGAUCUGAAAAAUCUGAUUGGAGAGGUGGAAAGAGCGGAAGAAGAAGAACUUUUUGCCUUAUCAGAUCAAGUUAUGGCAUGUGGAUACACCGGGCCAAUAACUGUCGAUCACAAACACACAAUCACAAAAGCCAUUGCUUUGCAUGCACUGUUGAGACUUACACCUAUAUUGAGCCAGCUCCGUGAGGGACUACAGCUAUAUGGGCUGAAUGAGGUGUUAAAACACCAUGAGGACCUAUGCGAGCAACUGUUUGUCCCGGGCCACCUGAAGAAAGUGGGUGCUGACUUCCUUGUCUUGGCUCUUUCACCCAACUUCAGUGAAGAAGGGUCCAUAAGACAGCAAAGAGAGAUGCAGGUCAUCAACUUCCUGCAAGAUUUCUUGCAAAAUCUGGAGGAUAAAGAAGACUGCCAAGAAGAGGGGAAUCUUGGACAUGGGAGCCAAGAUGGAACAACCACAAGGGAACCUCAGUCUGUUGGAGCAUUCCUGCAGUGGGCCACAGGACAGGCCCACAUACCACUGAUUGAGUCUGAAAAGGAGGCGUUCAAAAUUAUUGUUAACUUUGAGCAUGACUGUGAGUCCCGUUACGGACCACACAGGCAGUGCUACCCGACUGUGAAUGCCUGUGCAGUUGCCAUAACAUUCCCGACACGCCAUUUUGUCACCUACCGCGAUUUUGAAAAUAUUCUUAAACAGGCAAUCAGUGGUGGGUUUGAGUUCAGCUUGCAUUAGACAAGAGAAUACAAAAGUUGUAGCUUUAACUUAAUACUCGUAUUAAUACCACACUUUUCAGCUACCUCCAAUAUGAUCACAUCAUUUCCAACUGUUUACUUUAUUAAAGUGUACUGCCUUGUUACACUACUUUUCAGUGAGCAAUAGCCAGAAAUUUUGUUUAAUUUUACUAUGCUCAGUGGUCAUUUUUUUGUGGUUUGUUGUAUGAAGUUGUACAAAUGUAACUAUACAACCUCUUUGGGAUGCCACAGCAUAUUCUAACAAAGUCUGUAGGCUACUAAAAAGUAGGAUGUACUCCUUUUUUUUCUAAGUAUCCAAUGUUUGUGUUGGGUUGUACUGCAGUUUGGGUCUUGAAACAAUGUUGUCAGUGAGCUCUAAAUAAAUUGAACUUGAACUUC